AAUCGUUUUCACAACAAAUCUACCACGUGUUGCAGGCGUAUUCCAUGUAUUCUCUCAAUUUUCAACAAUUAUCAGGGCUUAGAAUCAAAUAAAAGAUAGCUCUUAACCUGAAGAAGUAAUCAUUUUGUUCACGGUUCAUCCAGAUCCAGACUGGUGUGAUCCUGCUUGAGUUGCCACGAAUAAACGUUGAAGUAAAUUUAAAGUGAAUAUGUCCCUACCAUAACCAUUGGUUGGAUACAGAGGUAGGAUGGAUGUGUCGGCGAUUGUCAAGAAUUUUAAGAAGGGGCACAGAAGAGAUUAUGAUGGUUUUGUUGGUUACAUCUCUGACCCAAACAUUGAGAAUAGUGACCUUAUUCAGUACCUGAAAGGACUGAGAGAAUGUAUAUCAGACUUGGGGAAAGAUUGUGAAUACUUAAUUGGAGCCCUGCUGCAAGUAAACUGGGCCUACAAGUCACGAGCUGUUGUACUAGAAUACCAGACUGUCCUAUUGAAUCUCAUCUCGGCUCAUUCAUAUUACCUGAGAUCAUGUGCAAAGAUGCUGGUCAAGAUAUUUUUACCGACUUUUGAAAAAUCACCUUCAGCGACAACACAUAUUACUGAUGCUCAGAGGGAGAAGGAUGAUCAAGCAUUCAUUCAUGUUCACGGACUUCUACAAUCCAUAGCAAAAAUUGUUCCAUUAACCCCACAAGUCCUGAUGCCUGUCCUUGUUGGAUGUUAUCCGUUUGUGACAAAAGAUUGUUAUAUCCACGCGUGUUAUGUCAGAAAUCUUCUACAAAUCGCGCAGUAUAUGCCUGUUUUACGCAAACAGAUUCUGUCACUUAUUGUUGAAAAAAUGCUGGAGUUAGAUGCCCUGGCCCCGCGACAGGACAUUCAAGAAGUGGAAGAUGAUGUAGAUGAAGACAUGAAUAUCGAUGAUGAAGUGGAAAUGUUUGAAAUGGAUAGUGAAAAUGAAGAGUCAACUCCACCGCUGUCGGACACUGGUCAAGAUGAGAAGCCGAUGGGACAUAAAGAUGCCAACAAGUUAGAUCAGUUAAUGGAUAUUCUUCUGCAGUUUAUUUAUUCCGUGUGUCAUCCUAAAGAAGAAUUUGAUUGGGAAGCGGCUAAGUCCUUGUAUAAAGAUCUGUUAUAUGUUUUUGAUGCCAUCAUUUUGAAAACAUAUCUAUCGUGCCAUGUACAGUAUAUCCUAUUCUACAUCACAAGUUUCCAGCAGCAACUCUCGGAUGGGUUUGUGGAUUACCUAUGGAAGAAAGUGAAAGACCCCAAUAUGCAGCCCAUCUUCAGACAGUCAGCUGUUGCAUAUCUGGCCAGUUAUGUUGCCCGGGCAAAAUAUGUCUCAGUAAGCACUGCCAGAACAAUACUAGAGUUCAUGGUGAAGUGGGUGAAUACAUACAUCAAGCAGGCCAGCUACUCCGCGUCCCAGGCAGAUGUCGUGCAUCAUGGACCAUUUUACUCUGUGUGUCAGGCGAUAUUCUAUAUAUUCAUCUUCAGGCAUAAGGAAUUCUUAGCAGAAGAAGAUGGCAUGAAGUUCUGUGCGAGCUUAAACUUCCAAACCAUAGUCACCUGUCGUCUUAAUCCGUUGCGUAUAUGUUUACCUGUUGUUGUCAAGACAUUUUCCUCCAUUGCAAGGCAACACCAAAUAGCAUUCUGUGAUACUGUGAUAGAGCAUAACAACCGAUCAAACUUGCCACUGACCACAUUAAAAACACAGGGAAGGAUAAAGUUGUCACUUACGAAUGCUCUUGAUUCAUUUUUCCCAUUCGACCCUUACUUAUUAGCGAGAUCGCAGAGACAUAUUGAGCCCUUGUACCGUGAUUAUGGUGGGCAGCCUGUCGUCACCACAGAAGAGCAGAUAAGCGAGGACGAAGACGACUUCCUACCUGAGGAAGCGCCCAAUGGUGCGUCGCUUGGUAAAUCGCCAGCCGAUUUCAUACUCUAUGGAACGUCACCAGGAUUCAAGCCAAUGUCAAUGAUGUGAGAGAUCUUGUCAAACGGUAUUAAAGGUGCUCAACCAGUGAUCAGCCAACCAGAUGAUAAUUGGCUGCUUUUUAGUCGAACAAUGAAAAUCUUGCAGCUCCCAAUCGCUUGGGAUAAGCGUGUUAGUUCGCAAGUUUUAGUUUGUUAAUGAACGGAAAUAAAUUGGAGGGUUUAGAAUCAUGCUGUACCUGUCAGUUACUGGGGUGAAAUUGGCAAUUUGUUCCCUACUAAUUCUCCCUCCUCUGUGUAAGAACAAGGUCAGUGGCCCCUUUGGUGAGGACUAAAAUCAGUAAUUUUGUGGUAAGGGCUGAAGUCAGUCAGUUGGAAUGAAAAGUUAAUGCUAACCCAACCAUAACUGUCCCGGCCUAAACUUGGAUUGAGAGCUAGGUAUAAAAACUUGGAAUCAGGAAUGAGCUGUAGCCAAUUUCCCUCUGGUGUAGUGGUGGAAAACUCAUUUUAGUACCAUUGCUGAACACUAGGAUGCCAGGUUAUACUUGGAGAUUCCUUGGCCAUUGCAAGAUAUGAUUCUAACCCCUCUGAUUGAUUGUUAUUUGAGAGUUUCCCUUGCAUCCGUGCUUGAGGCCAGUCUGUUCAUGGAAUUGAAAUGACUUAUUUAUUUACUUCUUGGCAUUUUGCUGCGUGAUUAUUCGUAAUUUAGGGGCCAAAGGUACCUGUCCAAAACAACUCGAGCACCAAAGAUGUUAAAAAUGUCUCUGCUGGACAUUGAUAUCGCAUCAGAAAUAUUGAUUUGAUUAACAAUUGAUCAAAUUGAUCAGUGAUAAGUUUCUUGUUUCAUUCGACCCUUGAUUUUCAUCACUGACUCACUACACAUGCAUCCUUUGAUCUUUCAACUUGCUCUGAAGGUAAGUACUUCAUAUACAUGUACACAGAUAGACAGUAAAUGAUCUUAUUGAUUGUUGAAAAGAACUCAAAGCAUUGAAUCAACAUACGUGUCCAUGAUCUAGCAUUUGUUUGUUGUAUCCUGUUUAUCACUGAUCUGUUCUGAACUAAUGAUUAGGCCAUGCUUAAAAAAUUGUCUGUUUGAUUUUAUAGAAAAGAUAGCCUAAUCUAAAACUGUUGAUGGGUCUUUCUGGUAUUUCUAGAAAGCUUUUGUUGCUGAUAAAGUUUUUUUGCCACCAACCUAAAGUUGGGAGAUGUAUGUCACAUUAAGCAAACAGUACCUCAACGGUUGCCUUUAUACUUAUUCCUCAACGAGUUAGUAUUUUGAUAUUUUUGAAAAAUACACUUGACUUGAAAACUCUCCUAUUGCAUGUAACCUUAUUCCUCCGAACACACUCAACGCUUAUCUAACUUCAGUCAAGUGAUCAGCUGAUAUAAGAAUUAAAACAAUGCUUUAAGGCGGUGCGAAUAGUUAUCUAAUCUUGGUCAGUACAAGUUAUUAUUAACAUGUCCUAAUAUUGAUACCGUUCGAAAACUGACUUCUCUGCGAUAUUUAUUAAAAAUACCUUGUUGUGUAAAUACCAGGUGUUCCAUACUGUAAGAAGACUGUAAUAAAACUCUAUG